AUUUUUCUUUUUUGUAACACAGUCCGUACAACGCUCGGUUCGUAAGAAUUUCCAGACUUAGAAGUAGGGAAAGGACUCAUUUUCCUCUUUCGUCUUCAUUUUCUUUCUUCUUUUUCUCUCUACCCAAACAAAACAACUCUCUUGAAGCAAUGGAAAACCAACAACUUCAAAAACACGAUAUUCAUGGAAAUUAUGUUUGUCAAAAAUGUGGAUGGCCAUAUCCAAAGCCACAACCAAGUUCCAAACACAGAAGAGCACACAAGAAGAUCUGUGGAACUAUUGAAGGUUACAACAAGGUUGUUGAUAUGGAAGGAAGUGUUCAUUCAACUAUUUCUGAUGAUGUAGAAGAUCACAACAAAACCCCUACUCCAUUUGAGAAGGGUAAUGGAAGAACAAGGUCAUUAAACAACAAAACAGAAGAUGAUGUGUAUUCUGAUGCUGCAACCGAAUUUUCAGAAGGAGGACUUUAUUAUGCUGCAGUGACUCAAGAUCAAGGUGGUGCUGCGAAAUCGGAUACUAAUGUGGAAAAGAUGAUCCAAUCCUCUGAUGAUACCUUAGUUGUUGCUGAGAGCGUUAAACCUCUGGACGGUAUUGCUAGUUCGGUGAUGGAUUCUUCUACAGAUUCCCAGAAUGAAGAUUCAGUUCUUAGUGUUAAUAGAAAUGUUUCGGUUGAUGACUUGCAUACUGUGAAGUCAGAAACACAGAAAGAUGUAGCGGUAGAGAUUGAAAAGGUUGAUGGCUCUUUAUCGUUGUCUGAAAAGGGGACCGAUGUGGAGGUAGAGAAAGACAAUUAUUUAGAUAGCAGUGCUGUGCAAUUUACGAUCUCCCCUACUAAUGUAGAUGCCGAAACAACUGGGGUCAUGUCCAAGUCGGGUGAAACUGUUAUGAGUUUAGAACCUGUCCCAAUUAUCCCCGAUGAGGGUCUUGUUCGGGUGGAAGGAAAGCUUACUGAUGUUUCUACUGAAGUUGAACAUGUUAAUGCUUCUGAUGAUACUACCAAAACUACAGUGGAUAGUGCAGAAGGAGUAGAUUACACGUAUUUUGGUGAUUUAAUCGAGAAGGGAGAAGUUGAUGAUAAUUUACUUGUUCUUUCUGUUCCAGAUGACAUACAUGUAGUUGAUAAUUCUGAACUACUGCUUGAGGAUUUUAAAGAUCACAAAGCUUUGAAGACAGGUCUUGAUUUGGAGAAUAGCCAAAGUGAAGACAGUGUGGCUUUUGUUUCGGACAGACAUGUUUUGGAAGAUAGUGUGGAACUGGAUCACAGUCGAAGUGUGCCAAUGGUUAAAGAUGUGGCAGCUGAAGAGGAAGUUAAUUUGUCCGAGGUCACGGGCAAAGUCACUGAAAGCCAAAGAUUAGAUGAAAAAGGAACCCCAUCAGAUUUCGUGAUGCCUCCUAUGGAUAAAACCUUUUCGGUCUCUUCUGUUGAAGAUUCAGUUAUUGCUUCGGGCAAUGAAGGAAUAGUUCAAGCAUCCCACUUACCUGGUGUGAAUGGUCAUGAAAAGGAUUCCACUCAUGGCGAAGGAGGUAGAGAGGAUGAUGAUGAUACUACGAGCCAUGUAACUGCUGCUGAUGCUGGCUAUGAAAAAAUCGAAUUUGGAAAGGAUGAUUUGGCUGGAGAUGCUGGUGAUCCUGUUACUACUCCACAUGUGAUCGAUGAAACUGUAGUUGCCAGCAGCAAUGGUGUUGCAAAAGAAAGUUUCUCGGGGCACACAGUAGUUAAUCCUGAAUCCGCUGAAAAGGUUCCCGAGCUUCAAAUUAACUCGGAAAACAACUUACAGAAAAGAGAUUAUGAGAAGCUUGAGACAGAGGACUAUGUAGGUGGAGUUGACAAUAGUGAGGCUCCUACUAAGGAAAGUUGCUCGGUGCAUGCUGUAGCUUUUCCCGAAACUGCUAACAAGUCCUUUGAUGGUAGUGAUAAUAAUGGUUUCGAGAAUGAUGGUAUUCAGAAGUCUGUUGAAGAUGGAGUUAAAAGCAAGGAAGAACCUGUAGAAGAACACCUAUCGGUGCAGCCAAAAGCAAUGGUAGUCGGGUCUGUAGAUGAGUCUUCAGUCGUUGUACCUGCAGCAGAUUCGAGUAGUGCUCGUACUGCAGACAGUGUGGAUGUCAUAGUGGCUUCGGAUACACUUCAAGAGACGACUGAAGAUAAACUCGAUGGAAAUGAGAAUGUUAAGGAACCAACAACAACUCAUUCUGCCUUGGAUGUGAAGUCAUCCAUCAAUAAUUCAACCGAAAUUGAUGAUAGCUCUACGAGAGCAUUUGAUGCCACGUCGGGGCAUGGUUCUGAAUCUUUCCAAGAAGGAAUUGACAAACAACUCCUGGCUGGAUCUGUAACUGAUUUAUCAGCUGAUUCAAUUAGCCAAACUGACAGUUUGGAGGGAAACUGGGGAUCUGUUUCGGUACUUUCUAUACAAUCAGAUGCACAAGCUGUUAUUGAUACCGAAACAUUACCAUCAACCGAAUCCCAAGCGAUAAUUGGAGAGAAAACAGACUCAAAACCUGUUUCUUCUGAAGGACAACAUCAAGACAAAUCAGAGAUGUUUGAGCCACCAUCUUUCAUGACAUUGGUUGAACCUGUGAGCGUCGGGAAUGGCCAAAAAGCAGCUACUGCAGCCGAAAUCCAGACAGGACAGAACUCACAGCAAGCCGGGUGGUUUCCUUCGAUCACUCAAGUAGUAAAUGAAUCGCCAGGGAGAAAGAAAAACGAAGAGAUCAUUGCCAAGGUAACAAACUGGAGCACAGGUAAACAACAACACACUCCUUUGAAAAACCUCUUGGGCGAGGCCUCGAUUGAGACAAGAGCAAAGUCACCAAACCGAAAAGAGAAUGUAGCAACAACAACAACAACAACAGUAAACUCUAUUCUGGCACCCGAAUCACCCCUAGGCCAUGCUGGUGCUGAUAGAGAGAUCGGUAAAGAAUGGAACUCGCCUGCAAGGUAUCCCACCGAGAUCAAAAGAGAAAAGAGGAAGAGUAGACCAUAUUGGGCACAGUUUGUAUGCUGCUCGUCCUCGGUUCAUUAGAUUCUUUAACCGCCAUUGAUGUUGAAGUUUGUGCUGGUAAAUUUUCAUGUCAUGAUGCAAAAAUCUAGUCUUAGGAGGGUACAUAAAAAUGUUAAAUUUCUCUCUAUAAUUCUUAUUGUUGUUAUGUUUGUUUGUUUGUAUAUGGUGUGUGUGACAUUUUAGUCAAAUGGGGUUAGUAUUAGGUGGUUUGGUUAUGGCUUUGGCUUUGGAUUUGGAUUAUUAUUGUGUGAGACAUUAUUAGCUUAGAAUUACUGUGUAAUCAUUUCUCUUUGAUAUGUAAGAUUUUUAUAAACUGGCUAUGAAUUUUAAUUUCUUAUUUCUCUCAA